AUGGGUUGCUGCAUCAGCAAGAAGUGCGACGAGCCGUCUGGCGUGGCGGCUGGGGAAGCCUCCCGGCGUCGGUCGGAGGCGCGCGACCCGCCGCCGCCCCCGCCGGAGGAGGAGACGGUGAAGGAGGUGCUCUCGGAGACCCCGAAGGCCAAGCCGAGGCCCAGGCCGAGGCGCGUGGCUGCGUCGGCGGCGGGGCAAGAAGCAGGGGAGACGACGGCCAAGCCGAAGGCUGGCACUGCUAGGGCGAAGGAUGGCGGUGGCGGUGUCGGUGGCAGGGCGCGUCGGGCGGUGGGGCCGGCGCGUUCCGGGCCUUCCGGCGACGAGAAGUCGGAGGUGGCAUCCGAGUCCUCGGCUGCGACCACCGCGGCGGGUCCCAAACGGUCCCCGGCGAAGGCGGCGGCGGCGUCAAGGAGGCGGGCGGCAGCGGUUUCCGGCGAGGUCGCGCGCGGCGCCAGGCGGGACCGAGGCGCCGCCGGCGCCGGCGGGCGCCCAGGUGGCGGCCGCGCGUCCACCUCGCCGCCACCGCCGCAGCCGCAGCCGCGGCGGCGCGAUACCAUUACCGGGGAACGGCCGGCGCGGAGGUCCCCGUCGCCCGCGGCGAAGCGGACGCAGGAGCAGCGCCGUGCGGGCGCCGCUUCUGCAGCCUCUGGGACUGGGACACAGCGUAAGCCGCCUGUGCCCGUAAGGCCCUGUGGCCGCGCGUCGCCACGGCGUGGGCAGGAGGCGCCCGCGCCCGCGCCUCCCGAGCUGUCGCCGCCGGCGCAGCCACGCGAGCCUGAGGAUUGUGCGUCUCCGCCGCCGGUGCUACCGGAGGAGAAUGCCGGCGUCGUUGCCGGCGACGGUGAGGGGAAGGAGUCGCUGGACAACCCGUUGGUGGCCAUGGAGUGCUUCAUCUUCUUGUAG